AAUACCAGUAGGGAUAAAGUGUGAUAGUGAGUUAGUAUAGCGGCGCGCACACGCAUUAUAGCCAUUUUCCUGUUGAGUCCUCUCUCCACUCUCCGCCACGUUGUUUCCCCUGUACGUGUGUGUGUCGCAUUCUCCUGCGCACAACCAGCGUUAUGUUUGUGAUGAGGCGGGAAAUGGCGUCCACAGACAUGGGUGAUCAGUGACUGAGGCACCGAGCGACUGACACAGCUGCCGGCAGCAACAACCAACGGCCCGGCCCGGAUCGGUGGCCGCCGAGAGCUGACAACGCAGCGGCAACAUUUGAGGAGCUCCUAAAAAAAUCAUCAAAUUUUCUAUGUGACGUUGGAGCAUGAUGAGGCUGAGAGUGCGAAAAGCUCCUCAGCAGCCGAACAUAGGCCGUCGAACACAGCCGUCCCAGGCCAAACGGAAACACUGUGAAGUGGAGCCCUCCCCAGUGAGAGGUCGAGGCAAGAUGCAGAAGAAUGAAACCGGCCUGUUCUCCACGAUAAAGAAGUUUAUCCGUGGAAAUGCCGUCAAGGUGGAGCAGGAUAUCCCCGCCAAGAGAAGUCGUAUUGAUUGUAAUUCUGAUAGUGAUCUAAUCACUUCAACACCACAGACUAGAGGCCUUGCCAACAAAUCAGUCGCCAGAGUGUCCCGGAAAAGUCCAAACAAAGAUACAAUGACCUGCAACAGUAAACCCAUUAAACCCAAUGGUAAACUGGAGGCUCCUGUCGAGGCAGCAAGCAGCCCACCACGCACCACCCUUCUAGGAACCAUCUUCUCCCCUGUCUUCAACUUUUUCUCACCAGCAACCAAAACUGCUACUCCUGGUUCAGACUCUCCUGGCCAAGCGAUGGAGGCAGAGGAAAUCAUGAAACAGCUGGACAUCGAGCAGGCAGAGGAAAUCCCGAGUAGCACCCUCACGUCCACAGAGGGCAUCACUCCGUGUCACACGGCCCCGGUUUUACCACAGAGGCUUCAGAUGCCGCCUGACACUACCAUAGAAGAAGGGGAAAUCGUCACUGAAUCUGACAUGCCACCACUAACAGCAGUUCCUGGGUGCAUGCCAGACGGCAGUUACCGACACACGUUACCUCCAGCCCCUGCAGAAACCUCGUAUGAUGAGGACUGGGAAGUCUUUGAUCCGUACUUCUUCAUCAAGCACGUGCCUCCACUGACAGAAGAGCAGUUAACACGUAAACCAGCGCUACCUUUAAAAACACGCAGCACACCAGAGUUCUCCCUCGUCCUGGACCUGGACGAAACUUUGGUCCACUGUAGUUUGAACGAGCUAGAAGAUGCAGCCCUGACAUUCCCUGUGCUCUUUCAAGACGUCAUAUACCAGGUGUAUGUUCGGUUGAGGCCCUUUUUCCGCGAGUUUCUGGAACGCAUGUCACAAAUGUAUGAGAUUAUUCUCUUCACGGCGUCGAAGAAAGUGUACGCUGACAAGUUGCUCAACAUCCUGGACCCGAAGAAACAGCUGGUCAGGCACAGACUUUUCCGUGAGCAUUGUGUGUGUGUUCAAGGAAAUUACAUAAAAGACCUGAAUAUCCUCGGACGGGAUCUUUCCAAGACGAUAAUAAUCGACAACUCACCCCAAGCCUUCGCCUAUCAGCUUUCUAACGGGAUCCCUAUCGAGAGCUGGUUUGUGGAUAGAAAUGACAAUGAACUUCUCAAGCUUGUCCCUUUCCUCGAGAAGCUGGUGGAGCUGAAUGAAGAUGUCAGACCGCACAUCCGAGAACAGUUUCGCUUGCACGACCUGCUCCCUCCAGACUGAACUCAUGUUCCUCUUUGAAGUCCGAGAUGGUAUCAACAUUGGAAAAUAAAAAAUCCCAGAAGGAAAUAUUCAAUGGAUUUUCUCUUUGCAAACAAAACAUUGCCAUUAUAAUCAUUAGAUUUUUUUUUCCUUGAAUCAUGAAAAAAAAAAAAGAAAAUAAGGAGCUAAGUUUGAGUCAGAAAGCCCUGGACGUUUUUAAACCAGACUGAGAACAAACAGAUGAGCUCACUGCGGCAGACUUUUCACUUUCUGCUCGCUUCUUUUUAGUCCGAGGUUUGAAGACGGCCUCCUUGAAGGUAUUUUGUCUUUUUAAGAACCAUUUUGGAUUGACUAAUCUGAAUGUCAUGCAGUGUUGGAUUAUAUGGACCCUGACGGCUUCAGCCUGACCCCGUACGGCCAGUCACACUUGUAUAGUACUCGCUCUUGUAAAUAUUUGUACAUAGUAUUUUUCUUUAAGGUUUUUAAGUCGUUUUAUUUUCACUUCAGGUUUUAGUAUGUAAUCUCUGAUUGGGUUGCUUUUACAAACCAACAAAAUGUUAGUGUGUUUUGUUUGCGGCUGUGGAUAAAACGGCUGCGUUUCUGUUGUAUGCCUGCAUUAUUCCUGUGAUGCUUUACUCCAUUACAUGCAGCUGUCUGUAUUAAGGUGCAGUUUUCUUUUAUAAAAAAAAUAUCUUUGGGAGGAAAAUGUUUCUGAAACGAUAUUUUAAAACUGUAUGUAAUGUUAGCUAGCAUAGGGUCUGAACUGAAUACGAAGCCAUAAUGGCUAAAUUCUAAUUUUUGAGAUUUCUAUUUGAGAGUCCAAGUCCGAUUUCGACACCUUGAUCGUCCUCUUCAAUGAGGGGAAGGGGGGGGGGGGGGGGGGGGGGGGGGGGGCUUCAGGCAUCUUGCACUUUGACAUCCAGCCCUUUGUAAGUUGAUGUGAAAUCUUGUCACUUUUCUACACAGGUGUGUAUCACCUCAGUUUGUUAUGUGUGUGUGGGCGGGGGGGAUGAAAUUGUAGCACCAGCAAAUUGCCAACAUGUUUGCUUUGAAAUGUUGUUUUCAAGACGUCUUGUAUGUGGGAUCUUUACGAUGUAGGAGUCACACGUUUUAUUGACUAUUGAAUGAUCACUCCUGUUGUAUUCAGUGUUACUUAAUGGUUUCCUUGAAAAUAAAUUCAUUUUUCUACGA